CAUUGAAGUAAGACAAAAAUAAUCUCACUUUCCCUUGAACAAAAAUCGAAAGGAUCGUUAAACAUUUCGUUUCUAUUUUGCAGUUUAUUUGUCCUUUCAUUGACGGACUGUGUUUGAGAGAGAACCGAAUGAAAAUGAACGCACGUAAAACGCGAGAGAAUGGACGGCAUAGCGAACAGCGAGCAUGCGUUUCUUUAGGUCCCAAUUGGACACAGUGUUUGGCCUCCCCACCCGCUCAACCUAGCGGGCUCAAUUUACGCGGCUCAGCCUGGCUCGGGUGAACCAAGUCAUGUGUCGAUAAACCAGCACGCGAAGAAGACGUACGCGCAAUCGCUCCGUGUGCCAGUCCUCCACAUGCUCGGCGUAUGUUGGAACUACGUAAUAUCUGGAUCGCAUUGCCGCCGUUAUUCCCGUGCCAAGUGAAAGUGCAAGCUCAGCACUUGAUCGUACGGUUUGCUGCCCGCGUGUGACCGUUACGUGUAGUUUAGAAGAUUACAACUUACAUGACAUCUAGUUGUUUUGGUUUGCUCAGUUUUAUUUGCUAGUAAUACUGGUGUCCAUGUGCCGCGUUGAUACACUCCGAGCACACUUCGCUCCGUUACAGCGCGUUAUCGAAGAACCUGAUCGGUCGAGCGUUAUCGAAUGUUGUGUGAUUGAUGAUUAUUUAGCGUAAAUCGUUCAAGUGUUAGAAGUUUGUGUGUUUCAAACCUCGAGUGUCAAUUUCCAAAGCCGUGCGGUUUGUAUACCAAACUAAUUACAUGAUCGAAUAGUGAAUAAUUAGUGAUAAGUGGCGAAGAUGUUGACGAGUGUUUUACAUUAGAUACGGCCGAAACCACGCUUGGUUAGGAAUUUGGCGCUUUGCGCCUUUUUGGCGGGUCUUAACUCAUCCAUUCACAACACGCCAGACCGUUUCCGUAUCGUAUUACGGAUUCGUGUGAUUAAUUGUUCCGACAUUUCCGACACUAAUCGAAAGCGGUCCCAUUCAUUGCGGAACACAGUUGUGCCGAGAUUCGCACUACGGGGCGGAAGCUGAUUGCGUUAUCGGAUGUGCAAAACGAGCGAUUGCCUAAUCGCGCAUGGUAAUGAGCUUUGGUGUGACUUGCAGCUAAGCCGUUUCGCAGACAGUGAUCGAGUGUUCUGUAUCGGUGGAUAGUAAUGAAUAUUUCCCUUAAGUGUAUCAUGAGGGCACUGGUGCUAUAAUUUGGCUAUUUACACGCAUUUGAGCCGAUUUUUAAAGCAUAGUGUGUGUUCGUUUAGUGAAAGUGAACAUUGCAACAGAACGAAUUUGCCGGUUCCCUGCGUAGAUCGUUAGCGAUCUCGCUGGUUGGAGCAUUGGUGCUGUAGGUCAUCGUUUUAUGGAUACAGCAGGAGAUCAAAUAGUACCGUCUACAAGCUUUUGGGUAAUGCAGUCACCAGAAUUAGAAUUUCGGCAUGAGCUGAUGGGGCGCAUAAAUAAAUUGGAAACCGAUGUCGAGCUGGACGUUGUACCGGGCAGUCAGCAUCAUCCAUCAUCCAGCUCACCAUUGUCGUCGUCGGGAUUAUCCAGCUACACCAGCCAGAACUACGAGCAUUAUGGAAAGGAGUUUUUCUUCGGUAACAAACAUCGAGACAUGCUGUGCACGGAGUCGGAAGAUUCCUUUCUACGGCCACCGCUGUGGGAGGACAUCACCAGCUCGAUACAGAACAUUGACCCCGAAAAUGCGAUCAUGCUUGGUACAAUGAACGGCAUACCGCAGGUGAAGAUGGAAGCCGUCGAUGAUCCGUUUCUGGAACCGUUGUCCUCGCCAUUGCUCAGCCCGCUCGAGAUCAAAACGGAAAAGAGCAACCUGCUUGCGCAGAACGCCACCAACCAUAAUAACAACCUUAGCCAUCUACACAACAACAACAACAACAGCAUUCACCAAAACCAUAUGCACAGCGACGUCACCAGCUGUCACACUAAUAGCAACAACAAUAGUAACACCAGCAACAAUGGUAGCAAUAAUUUCCUCUCGAACAAUGGGACCGGCUAUACGCACGGCAUUGCAACGGCUCACGGUCAUCCCAAUCAGCACAAUCUCAAUGGCUAUCUAGCUGGAACGAAUGGGAGUGGUUCUAGUCUGCAGCUUCUCACUAAUCACCCACCUCAGCAACAGCAGCAACAGCAGCAGCAACAUCAUCAGUCUCAGCAGCUACAACAGCAGCAGCAACACCACACUCAACUACAACAUCCCCACCAUCAGCAGCACCAGCAGCAUCAGCAUCAUCAGCAACAUCAUCCACAGCAACAUCUGCAGGUGAAUCAGAACAAUAACUACUAUCACUGGCAGCCCCAACAACAGCAACAACAUCAAGCACCCGCAGGAACAGCCACAUUAGGUCAACCUCCUGGUCCUAUGUACCAUGGCAAGUACGCACCAUCCCAGGGUUCCAAUGUUUGCCCAACACCUAUAUCGAGGCUAAUGUACGUUCCUCCAUUAACACCACCGAACUCCGAUCCCGGAAGUCCCGGGAAUAAUCUUCAGAACCCUCCACGUAGAACUCCACCUCCACCUUAUCAUCAGCAGCAGCAGCAUCAACAACAACAGCAGAUUACACUCCAAGGAAACCACAUCCAUCACCAUACGCACACCGGUAUGGUGGGUGCCCAGUCAGUUCCGGGUCCGAACACUUCGCAGCAGCUUCAACUCCAACAGCAGCUACCCCAAACCCCCGUCUCAAUGUCGCAACCAACGCAACCAAAUGCAAUUACGGCCAACGGUUCCCUGCAUCCAUUGCCGGCGAUACCGAAUGCGAUCGGGACGCUUGCAACGGUGACCGGUACGAGCAAUGGCAAUACCGGCAAUACCGGUGGCAACCCACCAGUGUCCACCCGUACCGGAACGUCCUCGCGUGGUUCUAGUUCCAAGCGGCAUGGUUCCGCACACAGCAUCAACAGCGUGCUAAGCAGUGCCGGUGUCGUGAAGCAUAUCGUAGGCCGUUACAACCGUCGCAACAAUCCCGAGCUGGAGAAACGACGAAUACACCACUGUGAUUUUAUCGGUUGCACAAAGGUGUACACCAAAAGCUCGCAUCUAAAGGCCCAUCAACGCAUUCAUACCGGUGAGAAGCCGUACACCUGCCAGUGGCCAGAAUGCGAGUGGCGUUUCGCAAGAUCCGACGAGCUGACGCGUCACUAUCGCAAACACACCGGCGCCAAACCGUUCAAGUGCAUCGUCUGUGAGCGCAGCUUCGCUCGCAGUGAUCACUUAGCGCUUCACAUGAAGCGGCAUUUACCAAAAAAUAAGUAAAAUAGCCUGAUAAGCGCUAGGCGUGCAUUAGAGAAGCUGUACAUUGCGUUUCACCCUCGGCAUAGAACGUACGAAAAACGAACGUGAAUCAGCUGCAAACGGUUAACGAAUCAAGCAACGGAAGGGAAGAAGCAGACGAAAGGGAAGCUUUCCACACCUCGGAACGGUAUGACGACACAGCAUGGAAAAUCUUUUUCUCCGUCAAGGGGGGAAAAAACCCACAUCCAAACAGUGGAUGUAAAAUUGUUUACACACAAACUUUGGACGUGCGUAAAAGAUGCUAAUGCCUGUUUAGUAUGACUCUACUCCUCCACCGAAAUUCACACACAGAAAAAAAACGACUGACGAAUUCCAGUCUUAAUGCUUUUGCUAAACGACUCUCGAGUCGGACGAUCGAAAGGGUGUUAAUUAUAGGGUUUUCGUCUCGAUUUCGGCUUUGGUCUGUUAAUUUCCAAAUUACAGCUACUCAUCAGCUACUCCAACGCAACGGAGAACCCGGCCACCCGCACAGUAUCCCGUUUCAUCAUCCCCUUUGCAACCGCAAGCGAUAACCGUUUGCAUCAAUAUUUGUCGAAUGAUGCGCCUAUGAACGGAUUGGUAACGGAUUCCUUCUUAGUUUGCCCUCAAAAAAAAAAAAUACGCCCACAAUGUCACACCAUCUUCUGCAGCAAACUUUUGGUUUAAAAAUUAACAAUUGCAUGAAAAACGGUUACAGAACAAUUGUGGUUACACCCACAACGUAGCGUUUGCGCACUUUGCUGUAUGGAUAUGUUUGAAUUAGCUGGAAAAACCAACAGACGUACGUGCGUGCGCAAUUGCUUGACGUUUAGUAAUUCACCCAACAAAAAAAAGAUCACCCCAUAUUUAGCGAAACUCUUUCCUUCCAAAUCCUAACAAACGAAAGAUCACCCACAGCAUCAACAAAUCCUUCCAACGCCCACGAUACGAACAAAACGGACCGAUUCGGGGACAAUUAACUAGAACUGGAUCGUUAAUUUCUUGCUCAAAUGUUUCCGACACAUUCCGACACAUUCCGACAGAUUCCUCAUCCCUUCUCCUCUUCCUCCCUCAAAAUCCGGCCUAAAAUAGGUAACGAAAUUAUUUGUGCAUCAACGGUAUGAAGGGAACACAAAUUUCUCUCAACUAAAUAUUUACCCAUUAUUGCGUCCAUCGGUCAGUGUGAGUCAGUGCGAGUUACAAAUUUGUUAUUUGUUUUGGGCGUUUAGUUUUUUUUAUCUCUGUUUAAUUUAGCGUUAUCCAUGCCUUGACUUAUUCGAAUCACCAAAACCGUCAAACGAUCAAAUCGAUCGUUUAUGCAGCAAAAUAAAUAAAUUUAAAAAAAAACUGCAAAAAAAUACUGUAGUGCAACUUUAUCUAUUGUAACUAGGUACAAUUAUUUAACUAUUUAAAGCAGCAAUUUAAAAACAACUGUUGCUACAAAAACGGAUGCUUUUCGGAUCAAACAUGACUUGAAUUAAAGCAAUGACUUUCGAAUGCAAAAGAAAAAGAGUUUACCUUUUAUGUUGUUUUGUAACUACUUUCCUAAUACAACAAACUGAUCUCAAAGCAUACUAAUUUCGAACUUACGAACCGUACAAAAUUUUAUCCUGUCUCUCUAUUCCUCUCGGCAUCUCUUUGCGCUCUUGCAAAAAAAAACCUAAAACUAUUCACCUAUCCAUGGCCUUUUUACCUAUUGCAUAUUAGCUAUAGUAAGAUAGUUGUUUUUAUUACUUUUUCGUUUUUUUUCUUUUUUCAUUAUAUUUAAUGUUAUUAGUUUCUUUGACUUUUUCGAUUUUUUUGUAAGUGCUACCAAAAGGUUAGAUUGCCUACAGAGCCGUAUGUUACCAUGCACUUUAUUUAUCAAAUCGAUCUUUAUUGUACUUAAGCCGAUUACUAUUAAACACAAAACGAAAAUCAAUGUACGUUUAUUAUUCGUUUGUUUUACAACCAGAAUAGCACCAACACUUGCGUGAUCCUACUAAAUAAUAGUGAUUUAAAAAUUAAAAAUAAUAUUAAUUGCAGUAUAUUUUUUUGUUCCGUAUACCAUCGUCGCUGUGUGUACAUAAGCUUGCACUUUAAAAGCUCUGCAAAAAGAACGUUUUUUUUCUUUAGAUAGGGAAUAAAACCUAUCUCUGUGUCGCAUCAUUCAACGAUAUAUGAAGAAGCCGAGCUCUUGUGUUCUUAAGUUGCCAUUAGUGUAUAGGACCUGGUAGUGAAGUAAAAGGGUUUAUUGUGAACCCACCCCCUUAACAAGGAAAUGGAAGUCAUUUCACAAAACAAAAACACACACACACACACAUUCCUUAAGUACUCUUUUUCAAAUAGUUCAAGAAGCAAUCAAGUACAACAACAGAUGCAAUGGUAAAUGUAUGAAAACGAUUGGCGUUGCUGAAUGAAUGCACGUACAUAAAAUCAUAGUAUUAUUAUUCGCCUCGUACAACCUCGUGUGUAACGAUCCUAUGUAAAGAAAUCGUAUUAUGAUGGUUUACUAGUUUAUUUGUUUUAUUUGUUUUAUAAUUUCAUCGCUAAUCGUAAGCAAAGCAAAAAAAAGAAAAACAACACAAACACGAUCGCAAAACCAAUUUAGCUGUAAGCCACCGUUUAAUUAUGUUGCCUACUUUAGCUUUAGAUUAAUUACUUACUCUAAUUUAGUGCUUUUCUCUCCCUCUUUUUUGCUCUCCUACUGUAAGCAGCCGUACUAAUUGUGUAAAAUGUGUUUUUGGAAUGUUUUAAGCACACGUUUUGCGUUCAUUUUUUGUUCGAAACAAAACGAACGGUUUGAUCGCUUUAUCGCUUAUUAUCAAUUGUUUAUAUGUAUUAUGCGUAGAAAAAAACAAACCCACAUCUUGGUCAACAACUAUAUCGUAUAAGCGUAGCUGUGUAAGUAAAUCGAACGGAAUCGAAAGGCGAUUGUCGCGCAACAUGUUUCAACAUUUUGUCUCAAAUAUAUGAAUGUUCAAAGGAAAA